ACAAAACUUGUUGCUCCUGCAAGACAUUUGUGCAACUCCAGUGCUGGCCAAAGGGAUACCUUACAGGUUGGCUCUAAUGUCGUCUUUGGUCCAGACAAGAUGACAGCUUUAAGUGGGAAGGUGCAGACGGUGCUCGGGCUGUUGGAUCCAGCCCAGCUGGGCCGCACCAUGACCCACGAACACCUGACCAUGACCUUCGAGUGCUGCUACGUCCCCCCGCCGACUGGAGACGAUGCGGUGUCGGAGGCGCCCUUUGAGAUGCGGAAUAUGCACUGGCUUCGACAGAACCCGUACAGCAGCCAGGAGAACCUAUUGCUCUGCCAGGAGAUCGAGGCGGUCCGAGAUGAGCUGCAGUACUACCGGCAGGCAGGAGGGGGCACCAUCGUGGAGAACACGACCACAGGCAUCACACGGAACCUUCCCUCACUGAAGCAGCUGGCGAAGGACACUGGCGUUAACAUCAUAGCGGGUGCUGGGUUCUACGUUGAUGUGACUCAUUCGGACGAAACCAGGAAAAUGACCGUGGAGAAGCUGACUGACAUCAUCGUGAGCGAAAUCCUCCACGGCGCGGAUGGUACAGACAUCCGCUGCGGAGUCAUUGGCGAGAUCGGUACCAGCUGGCCAAUCACAGAGAGCGAGAAAAGGGUGCUCCGGGCCACUGCACACGCCCAGUCCCAGCUGGGCUGCCCCGUCAUCAUCCACCCGGGCCGGCACACCACCGCCCCCACGGAGGUGGUGCGCAUCCUGCAGGAGGCCGGCGGAGACAUCUCCAAAACGGUCAUGUCACACCUGGACAGGACCAUCUUUGACUAUGGCGAGCUGCUGGAGUUCGCCAAGCUGGGCAGCUAUCUGGAGUACGACCUGUUCGGAACGGAGAUGCUGGACUACCCCUUUGACCUGGAGAUUGACAUGCCCAGUGACAGUCAGAGGGUGCAGGCGUUAUCCUUCCUUGUGAAGGAGGGCUAUGAGGACAGGAUUGUUAUCGCGCAUGACAUUCACACCAAGAACCGCUUGACCAAAUACGGGGGCCACGGCUACUCGCACAUUCUGAAGAACAUCGCGCCCAAGAUGCUGACCAGAGGUAUAUCCCAGGGCCAGGUGGACAAGAUCCUGAUCCAUAACCCGAAGCACUGGCUCACAUUCAAGUGAAUCUAUUUUUAUACACAUUAGAUAUGUAGUAAACAGAAAUGAAUGGAUGAAAUCGUAUCACUUAUGAUUAAAUAAAAGCAUUUUUAUUUUCAAUGCCAUCACAGAGAGUAAUAAAUGCCUAAUAAAGCCGUUCUUGCACAGGACCUUAAAUUAAAGGCACUAUAUGAUCAACCAA